AUGUCCACCCAUCCUCAGCGCUCGCCAACGGGUGGGGUUCAUCCUCACCAGGCGGCUCUACCCCCUCAUCCUCAAGUUAAUGGCCAUAUGCCUAUCCAAACCCAAGGCCAAAGUGGUCCGCCUUUAACCACAUGGCAAAAGAUUCUACAGGUAAACGAAGCAAUUUGGCUCCAGCUUGGCAAUCUGUGCGAAAUGAUGGGAAACCUUGAAGGGGCUAUUGACGCAUAUCAACAUGCUUUGCGCCAUAACCAAUACUCUGUCCCCGCCAUGAGCGCUAUCUCAUGCAUUUACCGAACAAAGGAAGAGUUCCCAAAAGCUAUUGAAUUCCUACAGAAUAUUCUGAAGAUAGAUCCUCAGAGUGGAGAAUCUUGGAGCAGUUUGGGACACUGUUACCUUAUGAUCGACAAUCUUCAGGAUGCAUAUAGCGCAUACCAAAAUGCUCUUUACCACCUCCGCGACCCCAAGGAACCAAAACUAUGGUACGGCAUUGGUAUAUUAUAUGAUCGUUAUGGCUCGUUAGAUCAUGCCGAAGAGGCAUUCUCCCAAGUUAUGCGAAUGCAGCCAGAUUUUGAAAAGGCAAAUGAAAUAUAUUUCCGACUUGGCAUAAUUUACAAACAACAACAAAAAUUCCAUCAGAGUUUAGAGUGCUUCCGAUACAUCGUCAAGGACCCUCCACGCCCUUUAACGGAAGAAGAUAUUUGGUUCCAGAUUGGACAUGUCCAUGAACAGCAAAAGGAUUUUGAGAAUGCCAAAACAGCAUACAACAGGGUGCUUGAACGCGACCCGCAGCACGCAAAAGUAUUGCAGCAGCUUGGUUGGUUGCAUCACCAGCAGAGCAACAGCUAUACUAGUCAAGAACAAGCUAUUGAGUACUUGGAAAAGUCCGUUGCCGCAGACACAAAUGAUGCGCAAAGCUGGUAUCUCCUUGGACGUUGCUACAUGUCUCAAGCUAAAUACCCAAAAGCAUACGAGGCAUAUCAACAGGCUGUGUAUCGAGAUGGGCGAAACCCGACAUUCUGGUGCUCAAUUGGUGUUCUUUAUUACCAAAUUAACCAAUAUCGUGAUGCUCUUGAUGCUUAUUCACGGGCCAUUCGCUUAAAUCCAUACAUAUCUGAAGUCUGGUAUGAUUUGGGAACUUUGUAUGAAUCGUGCAACAACCAAAUCGCGGAUGCUCUUGAUGCAUAUGGACGAGCUGCGGAGCUUGAUCCGACCAACGUCCAUAUUAAAGCUAGAUUGCAGUUGCUUCAAAGUGGGCAGUCUACCAAUCAAGCGAGCGCACCGGUCCCCCAGGAUGUCCACCCGCAAGCCUACCAAUCCGCGAACGUCGCUGGACCUCCUGGUCCUCAGUGGGGGGCACAAGCUCCCUCUGGUGCCCCCCCGGCUCCGCCCAACGGCCCAUCCGGGCGUGUCACGGAAUGGGCUCGAGGAGUCAAUGAGGUUCAAGGACAGCAAGGCCCCUCCGGCCAGUACGAUCAGCGCGAGAGCCUACGAGGUAUCCAGCCUCAGCAGCCCAGCCCUAGAACAGACCAAAUACGGCAAUUCCCUGACCAGUCACGCAAUAAUGUUGGCCGCAAGGGACAUUCGCCAUCCCCCAAGUUCAACCUCGCGGCACCAAAUGCUUAUCCGGGGCCGCAGACUCUUCCACAACUUGGGCCUCCCCCACAAGGAAAUGAACGGGCUCCAAAUGGUGCUGCUUUUGGUUCUUCCGUUCGGCCUCCUCCAUUGGCUCAGAACGGGCCUAAUGGACCGGUUGGGCCCAAUGGUGCUGCUCCACCUGGCCAAAUGGCCCCUUAUGGUAGACCUUUUACCCCUCCAACUGAAAUCCGUCCAAUUCGGGAUGAUAGACCUACAUCACCCAGGUCCACGUAUCCCCACCCGCAAUACCACCAGGCGCCAGCACCUGCUCAGAAUGGUGGAGGAAUCGCGGGCGGUGCUCCUGCGCCAGCAGCUGCUAUCGCGGCAGCCGAAGCGGCUCAACGAGAGCGAGACGAGCGUCCUCCGUCUUCGAUGAAACGUGGACGUGAUUGGGAAGUGGACCAGGGCCCAGCCAAGAAGAUUGCUAGCGACGAAAACCGCGCGCGCUUGGACGAACAGCCUGGCCGAAUCUCAUCUCCUCGCGAACUGCGUCGCCGGAGCUCCUCGGAGACUCGCCGCGAAGAACAAAGACGUGCGCAUGACAACUAUCAUCCGUCUGAUGCCGCGCACCAUCCCCCAAGUUUGCCAUCGAUUCAACACAUGCAGCCUCAACCCCCAAAGAUACCCUCUGUCCCGGAUACUCCUGCUAGUGUCCAAAAUGCUCCCAUCCCCAGCAUCCCUUCUGCCGGACUACCGUCUGGCUCUGUCGCUUCUAACGAAGAACGGGACCGCAAGGAUCAGGCCCAUGAGCCUCCGGCGCGGAAGGUGGAAGUCGAUGAGGACUACGACGACGAUGGAGACGAUGACAAGAAAGCCGCAGCACCACCGAAAGGUAGCCCUGGCGGCACUAAUGCUAAUGUUGGGAUGGCGAACGGAGCUAGCCAGUCUGGUCAGUCAAAGCCGGAGUCUUCUAGCUAG